AAUACAUUUGUUACAAUAGUUGAUGAAUUUAAAUUUUGUUUGAAACUUUAAUGUAAUCUCAGAUUUUAAAAUCACAUUUUAAGUGAGCAACAGAAUCAAUAUCAGACUUGGUCACUUAAACAAACUAAAAGUCAGAUCAGCAGAUCUUGAGAACACGGACAUGUCUGCUUUAACUGCAUCACUCUGCUGGACUUUGCUGGUUGUCGUGGUUGCCUCUGCAGACCAGAAAAACAUCACAGCUGAGUCUGGACAGGACGUCACUCUGACAUGUCGAGCUCCAAACAUCAGACGUGUGUAUUGGAGAAGAGAUGACCUGUUGCCAGAAAAUGUGUUUUUGUACCAGCAUGGUCGUUUCGAUCCAGACAACCAGCAUCCAUCUUUUAAGAACCGGGUGGAUCUGCAGGACAGACAGAUGAAGGAUGGAGACGCGUCUUUGAUUCUGAAGGAUGUGACGAUUAAUGAUGCUGAAACAUACGAGUGUUAUGUUCACAUGGAAGAAACUCACUCAUGGGAGCUCAUCAGCAUCAUCUACCUCAGGGUUUCUCCAGUCCAGAAAACCAUCACAGCUGAGUCUGGACAGGACGUCACUCUGACAUGUCGAGCUCCAAACAACAACAUCUUAGCUGUGCAGUGGAAGAGAGCUGACCUGAAGAAAGAAUAUUUGCUUUUGUACCGAGAUCAUCACUUUGUUCCAGACAGCCAGCAUCCAUCUUUUAAGAACCGGGUGCAUCUGAAGGACAGACAGAUGAAGGAUGGAGACGCGUCUUUGAUUCUGAAGGAUGUGAUGAUUAAUGACACUGAAACAUACGAGUGUUAUGGCUUCAUGGCAGAAACAAACUCAUGGAAACUCAUCAGCUCCAUCUCCCUGAGUGUUGUUGAUCCUCCAGGUCAGACAGGAGGAGACAGAAAUGAACUGUGAGUCAGACGAUCUAAGGACAGACACCAAUGAACUUUCCUGAACAUCCA